AGUUAUCGAUUUUUUUUGUUUUACCUUUGUUUUAGCUUUGAUAUGUUUUAUUUUUCUUUUGAAAAAAAUUAGGAGACAUGGAAACUGGAGAUGCCUGCUCGAUAGUUUUUGAUAUAUUACAUAAUCACUAGCUUUACAAUGAUUCUGACUAGAGUGAACUAUACUGGAGAACAAAAAUGCAGAAAGUUACAUGUAAGAAGCAGAUUGUGCUGCUUGCCUAAUGCUGUGCCCACUAAAUGUUUGGUAAAAUGUCGAAGCUCCAGAACAGAAGCAUGUAUGCAUAGUAGCUGCUGAAUGUUCCAUUCUUGCACAUGGUGUUAUUCAGAUCAUGGUGUGUGCAAGCCACUUUGAAGAGGUUUUUUUUUUCUCGUUAGUUUCCCACAAGAACAAGGGGAAGGGAAGUUGUGGAGAUAUGACAAUGAUGAUAUUACAUGGGAUCGAAUAACUUGUCUUUCCUGAUUAAUCUUUUCAACUUUAGCGAAGAAUAUGUGCACUGCUUCCCCUUUUCUGAAGGUAGUUAAUGGAUGAGGAGCACAGGGCAUGGGCGCAUGCAACUUUCUACCAUCCUGUAUUGCACUACCACAGGGAGUGCACCAUAUGCGGCGAGCAUCCGCAUACUGUAAAUGCAUACCUUUACCCUGAAAGGACAAGAUAAUAUCAUAAAGAAAGUACGAUGCCUGGGAUUGUCACCUACGCGUUUAUUUAGUCAACUUCACCUUUUGAAAUUGUCUAGGGUACAGUAGAAUUUUCACUUUUGUUGGGAGAGUGUGAUGUUCAAUUGAAAGAAAUUGGUAUGUGAAAACAAAUUAAAUUUGCAGUUGUCGCCUCUAUAACCAGGUUUAAGUAAAUGGAGCUGAUGUGCUGUCUUGAGCAUAUGCACACACAGGCUCUUUACCUUCCUGAGUAAUCUGUUCAUUUCAUCAUUGAAUCAUCAUUGGAUGCUUCAAGUUGAGGAUGAACUUAGUACAGAAUUUGGUGUUUGCUUAUGGCCUAUGUUUUGUUGAUUCAGUGCCUCAGUGGUACCGAAUUUGAUGUUUGCUUAUGGCCAUAGGUUCAGUUGAUUCAGUGACCUUGGGACAUUAGGUAUUACAAACUAAGGCUUGCAUUGUUCCCCUCUAAUGCAUUUUAUUACAUGAAAUCUUCAGAUGCUGUUACAACUCCUGGAAUAACUUUUUUUAGUGUACAAAAUGUGUUCUUGUCUGCAGUGUUGUCUACUUUACAGGCCUGCUUCAUUGUGUGCAACCUUGGGCAGCGACAGUUUGCGAUUGUAUUCCUUAGUUGCAUUAUUGGAAACUUUAGCAUGAUCUGACAAAUAUUGUUAUUUGCGUGUGCACCUUUUGCUGAUAAUCUUGGUGGAUGUUUUUUUUUCACUGGGAUAUUGUUUAUCUAUGGUCUAUGUUCCUUGAUUUGUCAUUGUCAGCAUCUCUAUACCCAGUUCCAUAUGAAAUUGAAGUCAAAAGAGUUCACAUGUUUUUUUUCAGGAAUUAAAUUUGAUCUGCUCUUCAUGCUCAGUCCACGGGAUUGUGUGGCAACGGAAACAUAUGGUCUCUGCUUCUGGAGACUUUGGUUAGCAUCAAUCACUUGACAAACUGCAAAGAACAGAAAUUCCUGGGAUGAAGAAGAAAUAACUUUUGUAGAGGUGUUUCAAGACUAGUGCAAAUAUUUCAUAUUUUACUUCACGAGAGAGGAGGCAUUCUUAAAGGUACAUCAUGAGAAACAGGUGGAGUUCUACGUCACACAGCAAAACAAGGCAAUGGAUAAUGGAGGACAUGCCUGUUGAUAUAAUUUUUUAAGUUUUCAACAUAUGAUCACAUCACAUUGCACUUUUCAAUAAAACACUACUAGCGGGAGUUCCAGAAAUUGAGACACUGUCGUGUCCAGAAAGAUAGCAAGUGGAUCAUCUUACAUGGGCUGCACCGUCAUAUUGGUUCGGAAUAUUUCACAUAAAGUGGAAAUAUUAAGAAGAUAUGCUUCUCAGAUCAUGCACCAUCACACUAUAUAAGGGGCAAACAAGCUUCAGGUAUGGUUACUUUGAGCUCUCGACUCCCCUUUCGAAAUAAUAUCGAUUGUAAUUCUGCUUUUGUCUAUAACAUGGAUGAUACUAAGUUAGACUGCAAGGGAAAUGAUGUUCUUCAAGAGCUUGAGACACUGACAGUGAAUGCCAAAGAAGCCCAAGAGUUCAUUCUGACUAAAAUCCUUGAGAGGAAUCAAGCUACUGAGUACUUGAGCAAAUUCAUGAAUGGGUCAAGAAAUAUAUCUGCCUUCAAGAGACUUGUUCCAGUAGUUACAUAUGAUAAGGUACAACAAUACAUUCUCAGGAUUGCAACUGGUGAGGAUUCUUCAAUUUUAUGUGGAGAACAAAUAGUGGAGCUGCUUAGAAGUUCGGGGACUUCGCAAGGUGAACCAAGAUUGAUGCCAUCCAUCUUAAAGGAUCUUGACCGUCGAACCUACCUCUAUAGCCUGAUCAUGCCUAUCAUGAGCAAGUACAUAUCAGGCCUUGAUAAGGGGAAGGCUAUGUAUCUUCUCUUUGCGAAAGCUGAAACACUGACAAAUUCUGGCAUGCCGGUUCGAUCAGUCCUCACUAGCUACUAUAAGAGCCCUCAUUUCCUUCACCGCAAACAUGAUUUGUACAACAAUUAUACCAGUCCUGAUGAGGUCAUUCUUUGUCCUGACAGCCAGCAGAGCAUGUACUGCCAGCUGCUUUGUGGCCUGGUAGAACGCCAGCAUGUUCUCCGUAUUGGAGCAGUCUUUGCCUCAGCAUUCCUUCGAUCUAUCAGCUUCCUUGAGCAUCAUUGGUGUGACCUUGUCAAUGACAUACGAAUUGGUCAGCUCAAUCCCAGUAUCACCAGCCCAGCAUGUCGUUUGGCCAUGUUGGACUUUCUGGCAUCACCCAACCCAGAGCUAGCUGAUCAGGUUGAGGCAAUCUGCAGCUGCGGAUCAUGGAAGGGAAUUCUGGGCAGGUUAUGGCCCAAUGUUAAAUAUAUCGAAGCUGUUCUUACGGGCACAAUGGCACAGUAUAUCCCCAUGCUGGAAUUCUAUGGUGGUGGUGGGAUUCCAUUGGUCUGCACGAUGUAUGCUUCAUCAGAAAGCUAUUUCGGUGUCAAUCUGAGGCCACUGUGUAGCCCAGCUGACGUUUCUUACACCAUCCUCCCAAACAUGGCUUACUUUGAGUUCAUACCAUUAGAGGAUGGCCUCAGGUUGACUGAUCACGAGGAGAUGGUAGAGAAUGAUAGGCUUGUUGGCCUGGUUGAUGUCAAGGUUGGGUGCUACUAUGAGCUUGUAGUUACCACAUUUUCAGGUCUUUACAGGUAUAGGGUCGGUGAUGUGCUUCAGGUGACAGGCUUCUACAACCAAGCUCCACAAUUCAAAUUUAUUUGCCGGAGAAAUGUCAUCCUCAGCAUUGAUACUGACAAGACCAACGAGGAGGAUCUCCACAACAGUAUCACUGCUGCUAAGAAAAUCCUGGAGAACCGAAAUUACCUCCUCCUGGAGUACACUAGCUACACUGAUACUUCCACUGUCCCUGGCCACUACGUGUUGUUCUGGGAGAUCAAGUCCACCCAUGAUGAAAGCCCAACCCCUCUUGACUGUCAGCUCCUUGAGAGCUGCUGUGCUGCUAUUGAGGAGUCGCUGGACUACGUCUACCGGCGUUGCAGAGCCCAUGAGAAGUCCAUAGGGCCUCUGGAGAUACGGCUUGUUGAAGCUGGUGCGUUUGACGCUCUGAUGGAUCUAUUGGUUAGCCAUGGCAGCUCCAUUAAUCAGUACAAGACACUGAGAUGUAUCGAAUCUGGCCUUGCACUGAAGCUGCUGAACUCCAAGGUCAUUGCCUGCUUUUUCAGUCCCCGGGAUCCUGAAUGCAGCUUGUAAGCAUUGAGGUAAAUAACAAUGUUUGCUUCUGUGCUUGAUUGAUAUGCAAUCUUACUACAAUUAACAGAAAUUAGUAGUCUGUGAUACGAUGGAAUACAGGCAUAAACGUUUGAAAAAAAUAAAUAAAUGUUCUUAUUUUAGAUGCCUGCAGGGUUUAGGAGCUUCAUUUCCAAUCUGGUCAGAUCAGCUUGUUGCCUGGAUAACUGGAUAUAAAUGUCUCCGCUGCUUAGAUUUUCAUUUGGAUUUUAAUUAUUCAAUGUUGAAGGACCAGAGUAACCAAAUGAGAAUCAUAUGUGCUGUUGUUGCUAAAUCCCCUCUGUAGCCUGAUGGGUGAUCUGAACUCUUAACUGAGUGAUAUAUAUGUUUUGUUCCUAUAUAUGCUGCUACUACAACUAUUCCACUCUUGGCUUCUGUUAGUACUAGUAAAAUGUCCAUAUGUGUGUUAUUACGGA